AUGGCUCUACCUCAAUACAAGGCGGAUUUCCUCAAGGCCGCCAUCGAUGGCGGAGUUCUCAAGUUUGGCCAGUUUGAACUCAAGUCGAAGCGCAUCUCGCCCUACUUCUUCAACGCCGGUUCCUUCUACCGCUCCGAUCUCCUCCAGUCCAUCGCCCACGCUUUUGCCAAGACCAUUAUCGAGGCCGUUGACACGACGGGACUCGAGUUCGAUAUCGUCUUCGGACCCGCUUACAAGGGAAUUCCUCUCGCGACCCUCACUACCUACUGCCUUGGCGCCCUCGAGCCGAGGUUCGCCUCUAAGUGCUACUCAUUCGACCGAAAGGAGGCCAAGGAUCACGGAGAGGGCGGUAACAUUGUCGCUUCCUUCCCCGACGGCGACGAUACCAAGCCCAUGCCGAGUGCUAUCGGAGAGCUGAGGAAGGAGUACGGUCUUCCCAUCUUCUCCAUUCUCACUCUCGACGAUAUCAUUGACGGCAUGAAGAGCUUCGCCUCUGAAACGGACAUCAAGAAUAUCGAAGAGUACAGGGCCAAGUACAAGGCCAGUGAUUAG